AUGUGCAAACACAUAUUAAACGCACAGGUUUCCAUUCGAGCACCCUGCUGUAAACGAUGGUUUGACUGUGCUGAGUGUCACGCCGAAGCAUCAGACCAUCCGGUUCGCAAGACCUCGGAAAUGGUAUUCGCGUGCAAGAAAUGCAAAAAAGUUUUUCGUAAAGAUAUGGAGAAUUAUGACGAGACCGACGAGUAUUGCCCGCAUUGUGAUAAUCAUUAUGUGAUUGAGGCAAAGACGCCACAAAUGAGCAUUGGGGUUGAGGAAACUCUAACAGGCUUAAUACGUGGCAUACGAGCAAACAAAAAGAAUGAACAAAAAUAUAUUGCCGAGCGUCUCCAGGAAAUACACAAAGAAGUCAAGAGCAAUGACCCAGACGUGAAAGCUAUGGCUAUUUCCAAACUUACAUAUCUUCAUAUGCUUGGAUAUGAUAUGUCGUGGGCGUCGUUUCAUGUUGUCGAAGUCAUGUCAUCUGCAAAGUUUAGUCACAAGCGAUCUGGGUAUUUGGCUGCCACACAGUCGUUUCGACAGGAUACCGAUGUUUUGAUGUUGACUACGAAUCUGUUGAAAAAGGAUCUCGCAUCAGGCAACCAUCUCGAAGUAGGCGUUGCACUGAACGGUCUCUCACACAUAGUCACGCCGGACCUAGCACGCGAUCUCUCGCAGGAUUUAGUAUCAAUGCUUGGCCAUUCACGACCGUAUGUCCGCAAGAAAGUUGUGCUUGUGUUGUACAAGAUAUUUUUGAAGUUCCCCGAGGCACUGCGAUUGAGUUUUCCGAGGUUAAAGGAGCGGUUGGAAGAUUCAGAUCCCUCUGUUGUAUCGGCUGUUGUUAAUGUUGUUUGCGAGUUGGCACGUAAAAACCCAAGAAAUUACUUGUCGCUCGCUCCGCAGCUAUUCAAGCUACUCACAACAUCAGCAAACAACUGGAUGCUCAUCAAAAUAAUAAAAUUGUUUGGAGCAUUAACUCCGCUCGAACCACGUCUAUCCAAAAAAUUGUUGCCACCAAUUACCAACCUAAUCCAGACUACAGAAGCAAUGUCGUUACUGUACGAAUGUAUACACACCGUAAUUAUUGGAGGGAUGUUGAAUACGUUGAAUUCGGAUGCAUUGGCAUCAAUGUGUGUCAAUAAGUUGCGGAUUUUUUUGGAAGAUCCUGAUCAGAAUUUAAAGUAUAUCGGUCUAUUGGCACUGGGUAAAAUACUUCCAACCCACCCGAGACUAGUCGCCGAACACCGUGACAUAAUACUAAAAUGUAUAGAUGAUGCGGACAUUAGUAUUCGACUGCGUGCACUAGAUCUAGUAGUCGGAAUGGUAAAUAAAAAAAACCUUCCAGACAUCGUAAAACGUCUAAUGGCUCACCUCCUUCCCUCUUCAAACGAUGACAACGAAAACAACACAGUCACGACACUAACACUUUUAGAACCGGUCUAUCGCACCGACAUCAUCAACCGUAUUCUGUACAUAUGCUCUCAAAAUUCCUAUAGCAAUAUCACGAAUUUCGAGUGGUAUGUGGCCGUAUUGGUCGAUUUGACUUUCGUAGCUGGAGUCAAAGUUGGAGAUUUGUUGACGGCGCAGAUUAUGGAUGUUGCGGUUCGUGUGAAGAGCGUAAGGAAUUAUUGUGUGAAAGCUAUGCAAAAGUUGCUUUCUAAUUCAACUCUUUUAGAAAACUGCACGUUGUCUGAUUCUAAUUCAGAAGUUCUGUAUGCAGCUGCAUGGGUUGCUGGUGAAUAUUGCAGUUAUCUCGAUGAUCCACCAGAGGUCAUUGAAUACCUUCUCCGAUCUGGCGUAACAAAACUUCCGCAUAAUGUUCAAUCGGUCUACAUUCACAACGUGCUCAAAAUAUAUUCGUUUUGGGCGAAUAGUCUUUUGUACAAUUGGGAUCGUGACGCGAAAGAGGAUUUGGUGCGUGUCACAGAGUUUAUAAAAGAGAAGAUUGGAAUGUUUUGCUCGUGUACAAAUCUUGAAGUUCAAGAACGGGCAUAUAACGUACGCGAAAUGAUCACAAUAAUUCAUCAAAACAUCACCACAAUCGCCCCCGAAUCUGAAAGCAUCUCUCUAUCCGAAAAACCUCCCUCCAUUAUAACAGAACUUCCUCCCCUGUUCUUCUCAUACGAACUUAAUCCUGUCGCGCCAAAAGCUCAAAAAAAAGUCCCGAUUCCCGAAGGAUUGGAUUUAGAUGCAUGGAUUAAUGAGCCACUGCCUGAUUCUGAAGGCAGUGAAAAUGAGCGAGACGGAGAGGAUGAAGAAAGUUAUGGGUAUGGGUACGGACAGAAAGUGGGCGGGAGUGGCGAUUUGGUGUUUUCGAGCGGGAAUGGGCCCGCGGUUGGAAGACGACCACGAAGGGGUAAGAAGGGGCAAAGAGAAUAUGAAAGUGAAGAGGAUGAAGAUGUUAAAGAAAGGAGACGAAAUGAACGAAAAGAAAGAAUGAAGAAUGAUCCUUAUUAUAUUGGCGUCGAUGAUGAUAGUACAUCUAAAAAGCAGAAAUCUAAAUCUAAUCGUUUGCGCGAUGAUAUUGAUGUCGAUUCGAUACCGGUUGUUCAUUUGAAUAUGGAUGAUUUUGAUACUCAAAGUCGAAAACUCACAACAAAAUCGCGUAAACAUCAUAAAAAGAACAAAGAAAGCGUUGACGAAACCACAUCACCGCCUCCAUCCGCUCCAAUAAUAUACACAGAUGUUGGCGAAAUGCCCGAAAACGCCACACUAACAGAUGAUGAUGAGAAAGAUGGCCUUGUCAUCUCCACAGACAACAAUAAUAAUAUCAGCAAUCCUCUAGUAUCCCCUUUGAAAUCUUCGACUUUCUGGAAAAAGAAUCAAGAAGAAAAUAAGGGAAUACUAGACGUGGACUUCUCCGGAAUAUCGAAUAUCGAUUUGUCGACGCCGCUUGGCGACGACGAAAAAUUCCCGCAGACUACGGUGUAUUUGAGUCCGGAGGAGGUGAGAAGGCGCGAGGAAGAAAGGAUAAACAGACAGAUAAUGGAGGAAAGAAGGGCAAAGCAUGCAAAAGCUGUAGACGUUGCGGCUAAACCUAAGAAAGAGGAAACCAUGAAAAAAAAAUCAACUAAAAAGAAUUCGAAACAAAACGUGGUGGCCGAUGAAAAAAUCGAGCCAUUGAAAAAACUACUGAUUGAAGAGAACGGAAUUGAAGUACGUUACUCACUUCGACUAUCCUCAUCAGAAGAACCAAAAAACGAGCCACCGUCACUAGUAGCCGUGUUCACCAUAUCCAACAAAUCUAUAUCAAAAAAUGAUGAUAAUAGUAUUAACAGCAGCAGUGAUGCUUAUACUAUUUCUCAAAUAAUGUUUAAAUUUGAGCCUUCGUCAGACAUUCAAUUCGAGAGCACACUGCUUCGAUUAGACGGCGAAUUAGUAAAGGACGAGAAAAAAGAAGCGGUCGUCAGUUUCAGAGUGCUUGGUAUCGUGGGAACAGGACUAUAUGUGAAUGGACGUUUAACUUGUGAAAAACAUAGUUCGGACGGUACCCAAGAAUCGUCGAGUAACACGUCACUCGACUUUCCGUUUACCUUUCCUAUACCUAUCUCUGUAUACAUGCUACAAAUCCCGCCAAUCACACCAGAACGAUUCUCCUUGAUCGUCUCCAAAACUUCCGAACUACCAUUUGUUGGAUCAACCACUAUUUCAUUAGACACCACAUCAACAGCACUUAUGUCAUCAUCUUCCUUUUCCUUGCAACAAUCGCAAUCCGCUGAACAAUUAUUUCAGAGUACAUUAGUUGAGUUAACGACACUCCUCACUGGUACACACGUAGUCGAGAUGGUGCCCGGUGCUGCGUCGAUAUACGGUGAGAGUGUACAAGGAUACCAAGUGGCUGGGCUGGUUAAAUUGAAUAAGACUGAACAAUUUAGUAAUACCAGCAAUAGUAAUGGUUCUCUUGAAGAUUCAUUACAACUGCAAAAAGAUGAAACGCUGUCUUCGUCGUUAUUGAACGAUAGUAGUAGUAGCAAUACUGCUACUACUACAAGUAAUGAACAGCAGAAAAAGGUUAUUGCUAGUAUCACUGUAGAAUUCAAAUGUACGGAUCAGGCAUUCGUGGACGGGUUGAUUUUAGAAAUAGAACGGUUUUCACAGAAAACAUAA